ACGGAGAGAAGAAGAGAGAGAGGAGCCUGUGUGUUUGUUUCACCUCCUAAUCAGUUUUCCUGGGAGAUAUAUCAUCAACAGCAGUACAGGAGGCAAGGAGAAAAGGAGAAAAGGGGAAGACGUUAUUAGAAUUCAACCCGUCUUACUCUUCUCCAAUCAGCAAUCUCAGCAUCAUUCAACCAAACCCAAAAUGGAUGCCCCACUCGCCAUCCCCUGCAACAUCCAGAUCUGUGAGGUCACCUGUGAUUCCUUCCGCAUCAUGUGGGAUAUGACACCCGAGGACACAGCCAGAGCCACGCACUUCUUCAUCGACCUGAGUCGUAAAGAGAGCCGGGACCCCAACCGCUUUAAACACAGGGAUGUUCCGACCAAGCUGGUGGCCAAAGCUGUGCCUCUCCCCAUGGCGGUGAGGGGACACUGGUUCCUGAGCCCACGGACAGAGUACUGUGUUGCUGUCCAAACUGCUGUCCGGCAGCCCGAUGGGGACUACCAGGUGUCAGAGUGGAGCCAGGUGGUGGAGUUCUGCACCGGGGACUACGCCAUGGAGCACCUACAGCAGCUUCUCGACAAGGCCAAAGGCUCUGCAGGGAGGCUCCUCAAAUUCUCUGUUUUUUAUAGAAACCAGCAUCCAGACUACUUCGACUGUGUCAGAAAGGAAUGUGGAGGCCUGAUGCGUCCUGCCCUAAAAGACAGCAGUGGGAGUCAUGGUUCUCCUAUCAACGGCAAACUGCAGGGAGUUUUCUUCAGCUGCAACACUGAGUUUGACACAGGCCUCCCUCCAAAAGACUCUCCUUAUGGUCCCCUGCGCUUCCAGAUUCCAGCUGGGAACCUGCUGAACCCCAACAUCAGCCUGUACUUUGCAGACUUCUACUGCAUGUACACAGCAUAUCACUACGUGGUGUUAGUGCUGGCCCCUGUUGGCUCGGCAGGAGACACCUUCUGUCGCACCCGCCUCCCUUUGCUGGACUUGGCCUCCAACCCCUUCCUGACAUACACUGAACCCCAGGGGCCCGGGGAUGAGCCUUUAUACUGUCAUGCAAGUGAUGUCAUCUUUGAGGUGCUUUUCACAGAGCCGGUUCACUUGGAUCAGGGCAGCGUGGAGCAGAUCAGCGGACACCACCAGCUCAAGAGUCUGACGACUGCCGACGCCAAAAAGGACCCGAGCUGCAAAGUGUGCAACAUCAGUGUGGGACGCUGAGGGGACAUGCUGAUGUAGGACGAGAUCUGGAUGUGUUCAAACCUACUAAACUGAAGGAGACAGUGUUGAAGAGGACAAAACAGUGGAGUCCAUCAUGUGUAGGUCAGAAUACGGUGGAAACGGCACACCUCUAAGGGUGUGUGCAUGCUGCUUUCCCUUUCCCUUCCUGCCUCCAGUAGAAUAGAGAGUGUUUAAAAGAAGAUUUAUACAGUGUGUACUGCAGAUGUUCAUCAUGAUCACAGCUGGAAAUAUAGUUUACAUCUAUCCACUGCAUUUCAAAGUAACACAAUUAAAGUAUAUAAUAGGCUUUAGACAA